AUAUUCAAAUUAGCCGUAGACGUCACUGAGCUGGAAGCCUAUGUGUUGGCAUGAUUUAGUUUCAAAUCACUUUCAGUAUUAUUACGCUAAUAACAGAUAUAGAGAUGGGGUGUGCGGCAUGUUGAGUAUUACAGCUGGGACGCUGAAUGGCGUAGCUGCUGCUCCAGAAGCUAACGGAAGCUAACAGCUAACAGCGGUUGCUCAGAGGGCACCGUGACUGAAUGAGCUGAACCAUGAUCCGGAGUGGAAAGGCCCUGUGCAGGGUCCUCACCUCCAGCUGCUGUGUCCCUGUCAGACACAGUGUUUCGGGAAAGGCCUGGAUCACACCUAAAGGCUUUGACACGGGAAUAAAGACCUUCAACAGCUUGACCAAACAGAAAGAAGCUCUGAUCCUGGCAAGAGAAGGAACAGCCACCUGGUACAGCUGUGGACCUACAGUGUAUGACCAUGCUCACCUGGGCCAUGCAUGUUCUUAUGUCAGGUUUGACAUCCUGCAGAGGAUCCUGACCAGGGUGUUUGGCGUCACCGUGAUCCACGCCAUGGUCAUCACUGACAUCGACGACAAGAUCAUCAGAAGAAGUUGGGAGGAAAAUGUUUCUCCAGAUGUCAUUUCCAGAAUGUAUGAGGAGGAAUUCAAGAGGGAUAUGCUGUCGUUAAAGGUGGUUCCCCCUGCCGUGUAUCUAAGAGUCACGGAGAACGUGCAUCAUAUCGUUGCAUUUAUUGAAGGGAUCAUCAGAAAUGGGCACGCUUAUGCCACAAAGGAAGGCGACGUAUAUUUUGACGUGCAGUCCAUCGGUGACCGCUAUGGGAAGUUUGUUGGCGCUGUUAGCCCUCAUGGACAGUCUGGUAGCUCAAACAAACGAGACUCCAGGGAUUUUGCUCUGUGGAAGCGCUCUAAAGCUCAGGAGCCACACUGGGAAUCUCCGUGGGGCCGAGGACGACCCGGCUGGCAUAUCGAGUGCUCCACUGUUGCCAGCCACAUGUUUGGGAAUCAGCUGGAUAUUCACUCUGGAGGAAUCGACCUGGCCUUCCCUCACCAUGAGAACGAGAUCGCUCAGAGCGAAGCCUUUCAUCAGUGUGGACAGUGGGCCAACUACUUCCUUCAUUCAGGUCAUUUACACCAUAAAGGCAGUCCAGAGAAAAUGUCUAAAUCUCUGAAGAACUAUAUCACUAUCAAGGAUUUUCUACAGUCACACACUGCUGAAGAGUUUCGGAUGUUUUGUCUGUCGACCAAAUAUAGAUCUGCCAUAGAUUACAGUGACGGCAGCAUGUCGGAGGCCCGCACCUCUCUGGAAACCAUCCGCACCUUUAUUAGUGCCGCUCGGGCCUACAUGAAGGGCCACCUCCACUGUCCGCCUACGCAGGAGGAUCUUCUCUGGCAGAGACUGACUGAAGCUAAAUCCAACAUCCUGACAGCGCUAGCCGAUGACUUUGACACACCCAGAGCCGUCGGUGCACUGAUGAAGUUGGUUUAUCAUGGAAAUUGCCAGCUGCGGCCCGUUUCUACGGCAGAGGGAGGCGUUCGGAGCCCAGCGGUGUUCGGAGCCAUGGUGACCUACGUCAGAGAUGUGCUGGACGCGUUCGGGAUCGACCUGCUGCACAGUCGGGAGGCCGACGUGAUGAGCAGCGGCGGAAAUCUGCAGGCUGUGGUGGAGCAGUUGACUCGUUUCAGAAGCGAGGUCCGAGCGUUCGCUCUGACCCGUCAGGACUCUCAGGAUAAGAAAUCUGACUUGUCCCCAGACAGAAUCCCCCUCCUGAAAUCCUGCGACACCCUCAGGAAGGACCUGGCCCCGUUAGGAGUGGUGAUAAAGGACAGAGGAGCAACGUCCACCUGGGAGAUAAAGCCGACUCAGAGUGGACAGAGAAGCCACGAACCGGACCAGCAAACAUGACUGAUUUCAGAACUUUCUUCUGUUUUUGCCUAGAAGUAAUCAGAUGGACUAAAAGGUUUAUCGUCACUGGUUUUGAGCCUUGGCUCAGGAUUCUGACCAAACUGGUCACAAAAUGUAAAACUGCUAACUGUUGUACCGAUUCUCAGCAGUUAAUAAAUAUGGCCCCAUUUCUUCUAGAGCCGCAUUUUAAUGUUCUCAGAACUGAUAGAUCACUGUCCGUAUUAUAUAAAGUGCUGUACGAUUGGGUGUACAAACUAUUAGCAGAGGAAGCAAAAACUGAGCCACUAGGUGAAUAUUUUCUUUUUUUUUAAUGCAAUGUUUCCAGUGACACCAAUAUGCUUUAGGAGGAUAUUUCUUGGUUCCAGAAUAAUAAUAAUAAUAAUUUAAAAAAAAACAUAUUCUGGGAAAUAUUUUAUAUUCCAGAACAUUCUGAGAUCUCAUGUCACAAUUCAGCAGAUGUUAAAUAAAAGAAAACAUGUUGUUUUUA